ACCCGGGCGAAUCCGCAGAUCAGCGUUCAGAGGAUGAGAGAGCUGCACGCCGGGUCAGAACUCACCGAUAUCUGGACCUGAACGGUUCUGACCACAUUAUUCUAGUUUCCUCUGCUGUCCAGGUGUGCUGCAGCUGUAAGCAUGGCGACCUCCUCGAGCUCUCAGCUCAGUAAGCUGGUGAAGAGCCAGUACAUGGAGCUUCCUCAGGGGGAGAAGGUUCAGGCCAUGUAUAUCUGGAUAGAUGGAACUGGGGAAGGACUGAGGUGCAAAACCAGAACUCUGGACUCUGAACCCAAGAGCAUCGAAGAUCUCCCCGAGUGGAAUUUUGAUGGUUCCAGUACGUACCAGUCUGAAGGCUCCAACAGCGACAUGUAUCUGAUUCCGUCGGCAAUGUUUCGGGAUCCGUUCCGCAAAGACCCAAAUAAACUGGUCCUCUGUGAGGUUCUGAAGUACAACCGCAAACCUGCUGAAACGAACCACCGUGUGACGUGUCAGAAGAUCAUGCAGAUGGUGGAGGAUCAGAGCCCCUGGUUCGGGAUGGAGCAGGAGUACACCAUCCUGGGGACAGACGGGCAUCCCUUCGGCUGGCCCUCCAAUGGGUUCCCUGGACCUCAGGGACCGUAUUACUGUGGUGUGGGGGCUGAUAAGGCGUACGGUCGGGACAUCGUGGAGGCGCAUUACCGCGCCUGUCUGUACGCCGGGGUGCAGAUCUGCGGCACCAACGCCGAGGUCAUGCCGGCUCAGUGGGAGUUCCAGGUGGGUCCGUGUGAGGGGAUUGAGAUGGGGGAUCACCUGUGGGUGGCGCGGUUUAUUCUGCACCGGGUCUGUGAGGAUUUCGGCGUGGUCGUGUCCUUCGACCCCAAACCCAUCCCCGGAAACUGGAACGGAGCCGGCUGCCACACCAACUUCAGCACCAAGGCCAUGCGGGAGGACGGCGGCCUGACAUACAUCGAGGAGUCUAUCGAGCGACUGGGGAAGAGGCACAGCUACCACAUCCGGGCGUACGACCCUAAAGGAGGCCUGGAUAACGCCCGGCGCCUGACCGGCCACCACGAGACCUCCAACAUCCACGAGUUCUCCGCCGGCGUGGCCAACCGCGGCGCCAGCAUCCGCAUCCCUCGCGCCGUCGGCCAGGAGAAGAAGGGAUACUUCGAGGACCGGCGUCCGUCCGCCAACUGCGACCCGUACGCCGUUACCCAGGCGCUCAUACGCACCUGCCUGCUGAACGAGGAGGGAGACGAACCCGCGGACUAUUAGAUAUAAAUAUUCAUCCAUCCAUCUCAUCCUUUUAUCCAUCCUCUCAUCACCUUACAUCAUCCAUCCUCUCAUCCUCUGGACUGAAACCCCUCCCUCUUAUUUUAUUUUAUUUUAUUUUCCUUUAAGCGGCUGUAAAAGCUGAAUUAGUACUGUAUCGUUUUACAUUCUCCUCACUAUAGCUCUAACCAUGCAUUAAAAAAAAAUAUGAUGUAGCUUUUUUUUUUUUAUGUAAAAAAAAAAAAAUGAAAAAAAGUUGGCUGGUCAACUUAACAACAGUUUUAGGUUUUAAAGUGUUUUUUUGAUGUUAACUGGGGACGUGAUGUUGCGGGGCAUAUCUGACCCUCCUGUCUUUCAUUUGUCACUUAGCGACUUAGCUUUUAUCGUUAUAUCUCUCGUUUUCUUUCUGUUUUAUGUAAUUUUCGUUUCUUUCGCUCUGCAGACGAGUGGAAGCUUUAACUCACGCUGUUAUAGAUUAUAUAUAUGAAUGAAUUAAUGCCCUUGUUGAGGAUUUAUAUAUUUAAUAAGUGGUUGAAAUUAAGGAAAAACUACACAUUGACGAGACACGGACACUAUAUAUGUAUAAAUCUAUACAGGAGUUAUUAUUAUGGACUAGAGCUGCUAUGGCUGGGCAACAUGUAAUUAUUUUAUUUUUACUUUUCUUUUCUUUUUUUCCUGUAGCCAGUUUCUCGACUCGUGUCUGUCGGUUCACGUUUUAAUGUUCCAGCUGUGUAAUAAUGUUGUAUUUUUUGUUACUAAUGAAUCUAAAAUCUAGGAACUGAAUGGUUGACUCCACUUCUGUUUUCUCGCUGGUUCACGUUUUCGUACGGUACACGCUCACGCGGACCCUCUUCACCACGUCGCUCUGAUGUUCGCCUUUCGAUGUUCGUUUUUCUUUUUUUAAAACAAAAAAGGAGAGAGCCACGCCUCUUGAAUACGUCGCUGCAUCGUGUCUGCCGUGCUGUUCUGGCAUCUGUUUUGGUAAAAUCCUGAAGUUGCUGAACCUGGUGUUUUUUAUUGAGACAUUUUAAACAUUAUUUUUACCACAAA